AGUUCAAAAGUUUUGGUUGAAUUCAAAACAAAAUCAAAUCAAAUGUCAAAACGUUUUGUGAAUUGUUUUUUGACAAACAAUUUGUGAAACAAUUAAUUGAAUCCCAAAUCAAUUGAAUAACUCGUUUUUAAUCCACACUUUUCUUAAGAGAUCGCAAACAAUGGCCACAAACGAUGAGACACUGGUUGAGACCAUCGAUGACGGCGACGACGGGGAAGACGUGCCGUCGGUUGAGAUUUGCCAGCAAUUGGUGGAAGAGUUCGUACGAUUGACCGAAACGGAUGAGGCGUUGGCCCAGUUCUACCUCCAGGACCGCCGAUGGGAUCUGGAAGUGUCUGUCGGCGACUAUUUUGAUCAACAAUCACAACAACAGUCACUGUUGACGACGACGGCCGCCAAACGAGCCAUCGCUGAAGUGGCCAUCAGUUCCAGCGAUGACAGCACCGAUUGCGAUGUUGUCUAUAACGCCGCGUCGGCCCCGAAAAGGAAAGUCACCGAAAUAGAGGUCGCGAGCUCUUCGUCCGGCGAACCACAAGUGGAGACAAAUGUGAAGGACUUUGGAUUCUUGUGUUGGAAUAUCGAUGGAAUCGAUGAGAAGAAUCUUCGGCUCCGAACAGAAUCGGUGGCCAAACAUAUCAAAGACGGAAAGGCAGUGAUUGUCUUCUUGCAGGAAGUGAUCAAAGCGUCUGAAGAGAUAUUAAGGCAAUCGCUUCCCGAUUACGAGUUCUUCAGCGGGAAUCAAGUCUUUGUCGAGUACUACACAAUGACACUCAUCCACAAGAAGUACGUCAAACUCGUGUCCAACGAAGUCAUAGGCUUUUCCAAGUCAUCCGAUCGAUCAGUGAUGGGUCGAAAUCUACUGAAGACUAGAGUUAGUAUCGGAAACACUUCGCUGUGUCUAUUGAACACUCAUUUGGAAAGUACUAAAGAUUUCGCUGACAUUCGUGUCCAACAAUUGCGGACCGCUUUCCAAGAGAUGUGUCAAAUGGAGAAGACAUCGACCGUUAUAUUCGGCGGUGAUCUCAACCUCAGAGACGUCGAGGUGCAAAACUGCGGAGGAAUUCCCAGUAAUGUAUACGACGUGUGGAUUAAGACCGGCGCCCGAAAAGAGGUGGAAUACACGUGGGAUAUGACCCGUAAUGACAAUCUCCAGUUCAACAGCGGUUCCCGAUUUAAGCCUCGCUUUCGGUUUGACAGAGUGUUUGUGCGGCCGUCGACUGCGGCCGAUGUGGAGGCCAUUCACUUCGGUCUCACAGGUCUUACACGACUCAAACCAAGCGUUUGCUUUCCCAGCGAUCACUGGGGGCUAACCGUCCACUUCUCUAUCCAUUAAUUGUCAUUUU